CCGUUAAUCCUUGCCGGCGGCAGGUCAACGCGCAUGCAGUCGCCUAAACACCUCCUUCCCAUGCCUGACGGCCGGCCGCUGUACCAGCACCAGCUCGACCUCCUCGCCGCGGCCUGCCCAAACGCCCCGGCUAUUUACAUCUCCCUCGCCCAAGACUCCAUUCUAGAUGACUUUCUCCGCUCCCUCCCCGUGGCUAACAAUACCGCAGCAACCGCCACGACCACCAACACAUCCGCACCGCUGGGGCAAUCCAGCCAACCGCCCACAUCACUACCCGCGUCCUCACCUCCACGCGACUCAGGCGCGAAACCCCAAGUUCUGAUCCUCCGGGACCUACCGGCCAACCCCUCCCCCUCCCGUUCCGCCGGCCCCGCGACAGGCCUGCUAACAGCCCACUGCUUCUUCCCCUCGACGACCUGGUUCACCAUCCCCUGUGAUCACCCCUUUCUCACACCAAGCCUCCUGCAGCAUCUGUGCGAGCAGUACCAGCCGCCGGUGACGUGCUUUCGGAACGGCGACGGGUUCUUGGAGCCGCUCGUUGCUGUUUGGGGACCACAGGCCUUGGCGAGAAUG